UUUGGAGAUGGAAGAGGAAAGAGGAAAGCAACUUGGAAAAUGUUCGAGAUAAUAUCAUGGGUCAAAUCCCGAAGACUAUAAGUUCCUUGCUCGAAACGGCUGGUUCAGGAGCGAUACGAAUACUCGGAGACACCUCCAAUAGCGUUCUCACCACCGACGAUAAAUUGUUCGCACUUGAACUCGAAAGUUCAGUCCAUACGAGUAGUCUCAGUGCUCAAACUCAUUUUCUUGCUGUGAACAUAUACCCUCCAGCUAAGAUGAAGCACUCUUACUUUGUGGCGACGGCACAUAGCGACAUGAGACCAAUACCUGUUUAUGUUCUGCGCUUCUCGAAGAGGGAAGUCAGCAUUUUCAGACAAGAGGGGUUGGAUGCCACCAUUGCUGAAACCCUUGCAUCGAUGCACAACGGGCACGAGAAUGAGCCUUUGCCUUUGGUAGACGAUUAUACCGGAAAAGUCCAAUACAAUCAUCCGCGCAGCUUACUAUCUAGCUAG